AUGAAAAACCAAACAAUUGUGGGUGAAUUUCUUCUCUCAGGAUUUUCUGGUGACCCGACCUUCCAGGUUUUCUUGUUCCUGGUGUUUUUACCAAUCUACUUAAUAACCCUAGUAGGGAAUAUGGUCAUCAUAUUGGUAAUAUGGGCUAAUUCUCAACUGCACAUUCCAAUGUAUUUCUUUCUCAUUAACUUAUCCUUCCUUGACAUCUGCUAUUCUUCUGUAACAGUUCCCAAAAUGCUGGAGAAUCUCCUAGCUACAAAAAAGACUAUUUCUCUCUGUGGCUGCAUAGCUCAGGUCUUUUUCUUUAUUUUCAUGUUUGGUACAGAGAUCUUCUUACUUUCAGCAAUGGCGUAUGAUCGUUGUGCUGCCAUAUGCAACCCACUGAGAUACAGCACCAUUAUCAGCCACCGCUUGUGCAUCCAAAUGGUGUUGGCUGCAUGGAUAUCAGGUUUCCUGGACUCCUUGGUUAAUACUCUUUUUUUAACUGACCUACGCUUCUGUGGUCCCAGUAACAUUAACCAUUUCAGCUGUGAGUUACCUUUGCUAUUGCAGCUGUCCUGCACUAGUACUUUUGCCAAUGAAAUGGUAAUUCUUACCUUUAGCAUGCCAUUAGG